AUGUCCAGGUCUAUCGAACCCAUAAUAGUGAUUGGCGCUGGAGUCAUCGGGCUCUCAUGUGCGACAGUCCUUCAGUCACGAUAUCCCCAGGCGGUCAUCACAAUCGUUGCCGCAGAGUUUCCAGAUAGCAAUGUCCCCUCGGCGGACUAUGCGUCUGCAUGGGCGGGUGCGCAUUAUCGACCGAUACCACAAUCAACGGCGCAACUACGCGAUGAAGCACAACUUGCAUUUCGCACGAUGGAAGUCAUGAGGAACAUUGCCCGAAACUCUCCAGAUGCUGGUGUUGCGACCAUGCAGGGUAUAGAAUAUGUUGAAAAUCCUGGGGAUGACGUGUCAGGUCUCAGAACAGGCGAUGUGUACGCAGGUCCUGGUGAUGGUUUUCGCAUCUUGGAGCAGAGUGAGUUGCCAGUAGGUGCAAAGUGGGGAUGUGAUUACCAGACAUACGCCCUUAAUGUUCAUGUUUAUUGUCAAUGGUUGUUGGAUCGAUUUGUCGCCAGAGGGGGCAAAGUGUUUCAAUAUCACUUGUCGAGAGCAAGCGAAGCAUUUGACCUCCUACAAAGAGAUGGCGGACCCCCGAUAAAAACCGUGGUCAAUUGCUCGGGUCGAAACUUUGAUCAAGAUCCCAAGAUGAAAAUAAUUCGGGGCCAGACGGUACUAGUAAAGCAGCAAUAUUGUAAGACCAUCACUCGCCAGAACCGUGAUGGAAGUUGGAUAUUCCUAAUACCAAGACCAAGGCACGGUGGCACUAUCGUUGGAGGCACAAAGGAGAUAGGAGACUUUUACGAGAAGGCAAGGCCUGAAACUCGUUCCAAGCUCCUCCAAAUGUGUGUCGAGGCAUUCCCCGACUUUGUCGGUUCCGUGGAGGAGUUCGAGGUAAUCAAGGACAAUGUUGGCAGGAGACCCUGGCGUGAUGGAGGCGUCCGAACGGAAGUUGAGGCAUUCGGCCAAGACAGAAGAAUUGUCCACAGUUACGGCGCCGGUGGGCGAGGCUAUGAGCUAAGUUGGGGCAUAGCUGAAAGGGUUGCACAAUUGAUGGGAAGGAACUCCAAUAUUCCAGCUCGACUAUGA